UGACCUGUGAGACCCCACCUGAUGCAUGCAUGCCACCUUAGCUCGUAGUACUAGCAAAAUACAAGUGGAAAGAGAGUAGUUUUCUUCCUCUCCUUAUAAGCAGAGUACCUAGCUAGCCAGCAGAAUUGUACAAACUUCCUAGUUGCCUCUGCUAAUAAACUAAGUACAUACAUCAAAACUAGAAGUAAAACUAUUUGCUGUCUCUAGCGUAUUUCGGCGUGAUUACACGGCAAGCUUAGCUUAGCUGCCGGGUGACAAUGGGCUCCCGCCGCGACGAGGAGGAGCAGGCGGCUGCCGUGCCCCUCCUAGCGGCGGCCUAUCCAACUCCGAGCGGCCUGAGACGGAGCCACGCCGGCGACGUUCACCUCCUGUCGGCGGCCUUCCUCUUCGUCUUCUCCGCCUACCUCCCCACGCAGAACCUGCAGAGCACACUCAACACCGAGGGCAACCUGGGCGCCGUCUCCAUGGGGAUCCUGUACGCCUCCUUCACCGUCUUCACGGCGACGGCGGCGGCCGUGGUGCGGCGGCUGGGGUCGAGGGGCGCGCUCGUCGUCGGAACCAGCGGCUACGCGCUCUUCAUCCUCGCCAACCUCCUCCCAACGUGGUACACUAUGGUGCCGGCUUCAGUCUACCUGGGUUUUACUUCUUCCCUCAUGUGGGUCGGCCAGGGCACGUAUCUCACGUCCGCUGCCAUUAGCCAUGCGACGGAGAACAAGCUUCACUCGGGCCAAGUUUUGGGUCGAUUCAACGGGGAAUUCUGGGGAAUGUUUGCAAGCACGCAGGUGACUGGAAAUUUGAUAUCACUCGUCGUGCUGGGAAAUGACAAGGAUGGAGGAGCUGCCAACAAAAACCUCUUGUUCACUGUAUUCCUCGGCUGCAUGGUAGUUGGCAUCGUGCUGAUGUGCCUGCUCUCUAGAAGAGAUGAGAGCAGAGCAGAAUCAGACUGCCAUGAACCCCACGAACGUUCCUUUCUCCAUGACACGUCGAGGCCAGCCGUCACGCCGCUCGCUGACCCAAGGAUGCUCCUCCUCGCUCCUCUCCUCGCCUACUACGGCCUGCAAAAGGCAUUUGUAUGGGCUGUGUUCACAAAGAGUGUCGUGACGCCCGUUCUCGGCGUCGCCGGAGUCGGCGGGGCAAUGGCGGUCUACGGCGCGGCAGGUGUCGUCAGCUCGCUGGUCGCCGGCCGUCUGACCUCCGGCCUCCGUUCAUCCACAUUCAUUGUGUCAACCGGGGCUGUUCUCCAAGCCGGGGUGCUGCUCUGGCUGCUCCUUUUCUACAGUCCCAUGGACGGCUUGCUCGGGUCAGCGGCUCCGCUGGUCGUCGGCGCCGUAUGGGGCGUCGGAGAUGGGAUUCUGAACACGCAGUUAAGUGCGUUGAUCGGGCUUCUCUUCGAGAACGACAAGGAGGCGGCAUUCGCGCUGGGGAAGAUGUGGCAAGCGGCGGCGACGGCAGCGGUCUUCUUCCUGAGCCCCAGCGCCACGCUGCAGGGCAUGCUCGCUGCGCUGGCCGCCGCGCUGGUCGUCGCCGUCGCGGCUUUCCUGUUCCUCUCACUCGUCAUCGAGAGGUCGCACGCGCUGAAAUUCUGACGCAUGCACGGCUCCGCGGCUUUGUGAGAACCAUAGGCGUUGAAGACCUCGUACUGGUACGCGAACGCGAUACGGGGAGACAGAGUGUAAGAUGUAAUUGGAGGAGCAGUAAUGCUAGAGAUACAAAGGCUUACGGAGGAUUUACAAGUUGGUUAGUUUUGAUUAGAGAUUAAGGGGGAGGAAGGGUUCAUCCUCAUGAAAAUCAAGGAGGGAGUGGUUAAUUAGCAUCAAAGGAUUCUAGUCAGUUUGUAAUUGCCUGUAAUCUUUAGUACAUUUAGCAUUUUUUAUGGAGGAGAGUGUAUAGUUUUGGAAAAGAAAGUUCUUUUUUUCUUUUGACCUAUGAAUUAAGCAAGUCCGCAAGUGCAGUCCAUAUUC